UUAAGGCUGUAAUUAAUGUGAUUGGUUAUCAAGGCACACGUGAUUGAUUUCUCCCAUGGUAGAGCCGCGGAGGUUGAUAUCUCCCCAAAUUUAGACCAUCUCUGCUCAGACUUGAAACAACAGGAAGACAGAAACGGAAAUAGCAGAAGAACAAAGAAAAUGAAAGUGUGUGAAUGCACUAUGGAUUAUUUUUGCAAUUUCAAAAGAAAGUGUAUAAUGGGGCAGUAUUUAAAAAGUAUUAUGUGAGAAAGGGGAAUAGAACCUGUGAAAAAUAAAUCACGGGAUGUCUCUGGGAGAACAGAUGAGAAACAACUGAUUGAUCAAUAUCACGCAAGCGUUGCAAAAUGUAUGUAAUAGCAAGGAUACUAACAACCAUUGCUUUGUUUCACCUGGGACUGUGCAUGGACUUGCCUGCCCCUGUACAUCUGGUCCUGUCUUCACAAUAUUUUGUCCAUUUGUUGUCCUGGAAAAUGGGGCCAGGCUCACCUGAUGGUGUCCACUAUACAGUCAGCGUGCAUGCACUCAAUCGGGGCGAGGUGGUGGUGAAGGAGUGUGAAAAGGUGACCUUCCCUCUGCAGUGUAAUCUCACAAAAGCCUUUUCUGAUCUGGAGGACACCUAUUACGUCAGUGUGUCUGCUGCUCUGGGCAACCUUACCUCACCAUCUUCCUUCUGCAACCCAUUCAAACCCAUUUAUAACACGACCUUUGAGCCUCCGCUGCUGACAGUAACUACAUGUAAUCAGUCGCUCUGUAUAAGUCUCAGAGCACCUGCUGAGAAUCUCUACAGGGUCUACAAUUCAUUCAAGUUUUACUAUAGAUUGAUGGUCAGCAGUGAAGAUAGAGCAGAGUUUCAUGUGGAUACUGAAGGGUUAAAGAGUGUGACCCUAAAGGACCUGGCCCCUGGCCGAAGGUACUGUGUGAAUGUCAGUAUCAUUGAUCACAGCCCACCCAAUAGACCAGCAGUAUGUGCCUCCACUCCCGAAAGAGCAAAUGUUUCAGAUGCCAUUAUCUCUGUUAUCCUGUGUCUGCUGAUGGUGCUGUUAGUGAUGUGCACACCAAGAUUUGUUUCUCACUGUUUCUGUCUAAAAAGAGAUCUUCCUUCAGUUCUGAGUUCAUUUAAGAGUGGGAAUAAAGUUCUUCUUGUCACUGCUGGUGAAUACAUUAACAAUCUCUGUGAGGAGAGAAACUCCAUCGAAAAGAUAAAGACAAACAGGGAGGAAAAUGACAUGGAAGAAGAGGCAGAGGAGGUUUUGAAAUAUGAGAGACUAGCGGCACGCUAUCUGGACACUCGAGGUUCCCCACUCUCUGUUUUUCCAAUGUCCUCCAGCUCUGUUUUGUUUAUGAAUCAAACUCCAGAUACAAGCCUUACGUCUUUCACAGAUGCUCAGAGUGGUAGUCUGAUUGUGUUUGAAGGCAGCCAUAUCCAUACUGAACCAACAGCCUCUCCUAGGCUCCCUAAAGGAGCAAGCGCACUUCAGAAUUUAAGUUCUGUUUUUCCCACACACGUGGAGAAUGAAGACAGAGAGAGCAGUGCAGAUGUAAACCUGUUUUCUGUGAUGUUAGGAGGAGUUUCUGAUAAAGCUGAACCUGAUAAAACCUGCACUACGGAAAAUGUGCAGGAAUCAUGUCGUCAGCACCUGUUACAGACUUGUGCUACAUCCACCUGGAUUUCUGAUUCACAGUCCCAAAACUCUCAAAAGUCCAUUCAGAUGAACGUUUUAGAGGAAGAAGAUGAUGAUGCUGAUUUAGGGUACUUAAGUCGAAAUUAGAUUCCUGAGGAAACGAACAGUCUUUUACAUCAAUUGAGACUGGAGUAGAUAUGGGAAUCUAAAAGCACACGCAAGCAUUCAAAAAAUUCUGCUAAUAUAGAGAGAUGUAUACUGUAUUUUUAUUGAUUUUUUUUUUAUUUUAAGUGUUUUUGAAAUGUAGCACCACGGGCCAGGCAGGAUUUGGAAAUGGAAAUGGAUGUAAUGGCAAAACUGUUUUUCAUCUAAUGAAUAUGAGUUUUUACUACUAAGAAUAUAAAUGUAAAGUGCUGUAAUUUGAAUUCUUAAUAGUAAGAAAUAAACUGGAGAGCUCUCUAAUUCAAAUGUAAUAGCAGUACUAGUAAUAAUCAAAUUACUGAUGAGAAUUUAGCUCUCUGGUGGACACAGAGCCACGUGAUAUUUAUCCCUUGAAAUCCGAAUUUUAGCAGGGCAACCCCGCCAAAAAACUUGUAUUUUACCCCCCCGAACAUGAUUUUUAACUGUGGACCCCCUCGAAACGCGAUUGGGCUAGUUUUGAGUA